AUGGAACAUAUCUAUGAUCCAAGCGCGACAACUACAAAACCACCAGAACGUCGUGAAUCGAUACUUCCUUGGAAUGUGAUUCAGAAUAAAUCGCGCAUUCAAAUAGAAUCUCCUUCUUCGAAAUGGCAACAACAAUCACGUGGCAACAUCCCACCUAAAUCUGACACGAAAAAUUGGAGUCCUUGGCGAAAACCUUCGGGUAGCGAAAUCGAACAACGAACGCAGCUUGAAAAUUAUGGUCCUGUGCAAGUUCCCGAACAAAUUUCUGAAAACAUUCCUGAGCAACAACAUAACUUGAAAUUUGAUAAAUUGGACCAACAAAAUCUGAAACCUAUUGAAUACAGAGAUUUUACAAAUAAUUUUGAGAAUGAAUCAAAGUAUGGAUAUCGCAAUCGGCCUCAAAACGAGAUUGAUUUUGAUCAUAAACAUCCGCAGAGAAAUGACAAUAACAAAGAAUUAAAUGUGGGACUUCAGAAUGAGGAUUUGUACGAGGGCGUAGCUAUUGAUAGCACGAAACCAAGAAAAGAAAAUAUAGUUCUGUCACAUAAUCCACGUCACAAAGUGGCUAAGUAUGAUUCUCGGUUGGGCGUUCAGUGUCCUGAUCACAAUUCCACAGGACAAUUUGUUUAUCCACCAGAUUGCAAGUUUUUCGUCAAUUGCUGGCAGGGUCGUGCAUUUGUCCAACCGUGUGCUCCAAAUACUCAUUUCAAUCCGGAUACCUUGGAGUGUGACUUUCCACAUAAAGUGAAAUGUUACGAGAAUGAGUUUGCUGAUUUCAGACAAUCAUUAGACUCUGAAUCCCAGAUUAAUCGAAAGUCGCAAAAAUUGACAGAACCAAAAUGUCCACCGUAUUUGAUUGGUUUAUUACCACAUUAUGGAGACUGCACAAAAUUUAUACAAUGUGCAAACGGUGUUACUUAUAUAAUGGAUUGUGGUCCUGGAACAGUAUUCAAUCCUACUAUUGGUGUAUGUGAUUGGCCGAGGAAUGUAAAGGGUUGCGAAGAUAUUUUUAAAUCUUACGAAGAUGACAAAAUGCCAUUUACACCUAUAAAUCCGAAUUUUGGACGUGAUAAGUCACCAUAUAUCGAAGUAAAAAAAAUUACGUGUCCUGCGGAUUUUACUGGAUUAUUAGCUCAUCCAGAGACAUGCAAAAAGUUUCUUCAAUGUGCAAACGGUAUUACUUAUAUAAUGGACUGUGGUCCUGGAACAGUAUUCAACCCUACUCUUAGUGUGUGUGAUUGGCCGCGGAAUGUAAAGGGUUGCGAAGAUAAUUUUAAAUCUGACGAAGAUGACAAAAUGCCAUUUGCACCUAUAAAUCCGAAUUUUGGACGUGAUAAGUCAUCAUAUACCGAAGUAAAAAAAAUUACGUGUCCUGCGGAUUUUACUGGAUUAUUAGCUCAUCCAGAGACAUGCAAAAAGUUUCUUCAAUGUGCAAACGGUGUUACUUAUAUAAUGGACUGUGGUCCUGGAACAGCCUUCAAUCCUAUUACGACAGUUUGUGAUUGGCCAUACAAUGUGCCCAGUUGUAAAACAGAUAAAUCUGAUGGAGUUUACAAGACAGGAGCUAGUACUUGGUCGCCAUCUGCUGAAGCUAGAGGUACCAUGUCAUGGUCGAAUUCAGGCCACUAUAAUCGUACAACUAACACUCGUGGUCAUAUUUCUCAAUCGAAGUAUCGAUAUAGCACAACAAUGAAUCCAACAUUUAGACCAACAUGGAGACCAUUUACGACCACAACUCCACGUAUACGAUGGAUACCAACAUGGACAACCGCGAGACCAUUUUAUAAUCAUUCUAAGCAUAUUCCUGAUUACCAUGAUCGUUACGAUAACGUGCAUGAAGAAAAGCAGUACAAAGGUCAUGGAUCCCAUCAUUUAGAAUGGAAACCAAGCGAAAAUUUAGGACGUCCUUCCGGUAGUAAUUAUGGAUCUCAACAUCAUCCAGAUUGGCAACAAGUGGGAAAUGAUCAAGAACCACAAGGAACUUAUCAUACCGAUCGCCCAGAAGAAUCAUCGGUACAUGCAUAUAAAAAUCCAGAUUAUCAUUACAGUCAUUAUCCUUCAGGUGUCCACCACCACCAUCAUCAUCAUCAUCAUUAUCAUAAUUACGGACCUACAUCGAAUCCUUCGGAAGAUACAAAUUGGGCUAAUCCUGCUGUUACUAAUGAUCAAAAAUAUAAUCAAGGAUAUUACACUCCAAAUACUGACAGUAACUGGCGUCCCAGUUACAAUUAUGAUCAUAAUUCUCGUCAUUAUGAUCAUCGCCAUUUUGAACAUACUGCACUAAAUAAAACAGAUCAGAGGCAAUUUCAACUUCCUGAAAGGAACGACGAAGAUAACAUUCAGUUCCAUCAUAGAUAUAAUGAAACAAAGUUUGACUCCGAUGGAAUGUCAACAAAUCAAAAAACCGAUCAUGAUUUUUCCUUGAAUAGACAAAAUUAUGGUAGGACAAUCCCCGGGCUUUAUCAUCCUAAUUUUAAUCGAACUUCUUCAUCCGUUGGAAAUAUUUUUCCAAAUAGUAAUAAUAAAUCAACUGAGAAUUGGGAUCAAAUCCAGGAUGGACUGCGACAAGAUAAACAAUCUUCUGCUUGGAUAGGGCAAGAAAAUAUUGGAUCUGCUUGGAAUCAGCCAAGUAGAUCUAACUUCAAACCAAGUACGUGGCAUAGUCAAGAAAAUCCAGGAAAUGUGCAAACGGAAAACCAGACACAUCCGUGGGAUCAAGGCACAAUUAGUCAGACUGAUAAAUCGUUCUCUCAAAGUACAAUUGAUAAAGAGGCAGAUACAAAAAUGACACAAUGGGCAACAAGGACAAAUGUUUUUUUAAAUUCUAAGAGCCAAGUAAAUUUAGCAGAAUCUAAAAGUACAACUCAAUAUCCAAGAACAAACCUUUAUCCAAAUGGCAUAUAUGUCAAUGCAGGUGGCAUAAAAGGUCAUUAUAUCACGAAAGAUAUUGAAAAUAAUGAAGGAGGUCUGAGAAUUCAUGAGCCGUAUAAUGUUCACAAACCUAUCAGCUGGAAUAAUACUUUCAAUAGCACUGAUAGUAAUUAUGCAUCGUUCACAACUGAAACGCCAAUGACAACGACGCCGCAGAAUAUUUCAAAUAAACAAUCUGAACUAUCAAGGAGAGGAAGAGAUUUUGUAAAUAUUACGACUGAAAGCGAAUUGCAUAAUUUCGAUCACACAAACGAGGACAAUUUACCUGAUGUUUCAAUUGAACGAGAUGAUUAUUGGGGCGCUAGCGACACAAAAAUAAGUAAUGUAGAUUCUGCUACCCCGAAUGUUAUCGAACCUGAGAUAAAUGAUUACGACGUGGAUGUGUUAGACGACAAAAAUGUCUGGAAACCUAGAUUGGUCUUCGAAAAUAAAACCAAGACCACGACGGCUUCAUCAGUCAUUAUGAAAAUUGGCCCGAAGAAUACCGAUGUCGAACUUUUUAAUAUCGAAGCUGCACCGUUUCAGGAAGAAGAAUCUCCAUUCCCAGUUUAUUAUGUACAAUCAGUGCAACCAUUGACUCAUUCGAAAAAAUCUGUUCGACUAACACCCAUCUCUGGCCAGGUAAUUCGCUUGAGGGGUGGCCCAGGACCUAAUGAAGGCUAUGUUGAAGUACAAGGUAUACUACCUGGUUGGGGCAUUGUAUGCGAUUCCAGAAAUAGUUGGACAUUGAAAGAAGCUAAUAUUUUGUGCAGACAACUUGGCUAUAUCAGAGGCGCUGAAAUGGCUUGGCAAGGAAGAAACAAUCGCAAUGGAAUGCCAAAUUGGGUCGCUGCAAAUACUGUAACAUGUUUCGGCAAUGAGACCAGAUUUCAAUCGUGCAAGUUCACACACAAUCAAGAGUGCCAAGUGGCUAGAGAUGCGAUUGGUGUGCGAUGCGCUCCUAAUCGUAUAGCGCAUUGUCGCAAGGACGAGAUACCGCAUAAUGGAAACUGUUAUCACUUGGCUCAUCCUGAUAGCGGACUGAAUCAUGCCGAAGCAUUGGAGCACUGUACACGGAGGAAUGCACGACUCAUCGAUAUCGCUAGCCAGGCAGAAAACAACUUUGUGUCCGAAUUGCUGUUGCAAUCGUAUCCGGAAGUUGAUUCAAUCAUGACUUCCGGCUUCGGUUUCACUACAAUGAAUCGAACCUUAUGGCUCUGGGCGGAUUCCGCGCAUGCUAAAUUCAAAUUUACAAAGUGGUGGCCUGGAUGGAUGAACGAUACGAAACAAUCACCGUGGGUAGGCUAUCGUCCUCGUUGUAUCGUGAUGAAACGAAAAUUUCCGUGUUAUGAGCGACCAGAGUCGACAUGUGAUAUAGAUUAUUUCUUCUGGGACACUGAAGAUUGCGCAGCUAAUUCAAAAGAGCAUUUCUUUAUUUGCAAGAGACCUUAUGACGAUAUUGGUUGCACAUACGGAAAAGGAAAUCAAUACACUGGUAAAGCCAAUGUAACAGUAUCAGGAAAUAAAUGUCUUUCAUGGGCCGAUGAAAGAAUUGCACAUCAAUUACAUGUGAAUGUUGUUAAUAAAGAAGUUCGAGAUAAACUGAAAAUGCAUAACUACUGCAGAAAUCCUAAUCCGGGAAAAGAAUCGAGACCAUGGUGUUUUACAGGCCCUGGAAAGUAUGAAUAUUGCGAUAUUCCUGCCUGUGGAAAUAUUGAUCCAAAACGGUCAAUGCUGUCUGGUCAAUGUAAACCUAAACAUUUCGAAUGUAUGGCAGGAGAAUGUAUUCCCUCCCCAUGGGUUUGCGAUGGAGAAGAGGAUUGUACAAAUGGGGCUGACGAAAGAAAUUGCAUGUUGGAUCUCAAUCUCUUUAAAAAAUCUACAAAACAUAAGCUUGAGGGCUAUGAUGUAGAAAAAUGGUUAAACACACCAUUGAAGACCUGUGCUUUAAGAUGCAAGGAAGCUGAUUUCACUUGUCGCUCGUUUAAUCAUAAAUCGAAUGGUAAUGUGUGUUUAUUGAGUAACAGUAACAUUGGUUUGACUGGUGCACUUAAGCCUGACAAGCAAUUCGAUUAUUAUGAAAUGAGAGAGAGGAGUUUGGAUUGCAACGACAUGUACAUCUGCAAUAAUAACAAAUGCAUAAAUCAAACACAAGUCUGCGACGGCAAGAAUGAUUGCAAUGAUCGCAGUGAUGAGGAUAUUUGUACUGCUGAAAAUCUUGAUUACAGUAUUCGUUUGGCUGGUGCAGAUAACAGUUAUGAAGGUCGAAUAGAAGUAAAAAUUUUAGGAGUUUGGGGACAGGUGUGUGACGAUGGCUUUGGAAUGAUCAAUGCUGACGUCAUCUGUAAAGAGCUCGGUUUCGAGCUCGGAGCUUUGGAAGUAAGAUCGAGUGGAUUUUAUGGAAAUCUCGAUCCACCUACAAGAUUUAUGGUGGAUCAAUUGAAGUGUCGUGGAAACGAGACUACACUAAGAGAAUGCGAUUUUAACGGAUGGGGAAUUCAUAAUUGUCAACCGGAAGAAGCUGUUGGCGUCGUUUGUAAGACCGCGGUCAAUACCUGUCAGGAAGGUCAAUGGAAAUGCGAUAAUAGUCCAACUUGCAUACCGACCCCGUUUAUUUGCGACGAGGUGGUCGAUUGCCCAGAUCGCUCCGAUGAGAGUCCGCAACAUUGCGAUGCACCGUUCGAAUUGCGCUUGGCGAAUGGCAGCAGUCCUUUGCAAGGAAGGGUAGAAGUGCGUCAUCACGGUGUAUGGGGUACUGUGUGCGAUGAUGAUUUUACAAAUGCCACGGCAGCUGUUAUCUGUAGAUCAUUGGGAUAUGGUGGUAUCGCAAUCGCCAAGAAGGAUGGCUUUUUUGGGCCAGGCCAAGGACUUAUAUGGCUCGAUGAGGUUUUCUGUCAUGGAAACGAAUCGCAAUUAUAUCGAUGCGAGCAUAAUCACUGGGGCCAACAUAAUUGUGAUCAUAAUGAGGAUGCAGGUGUAAUUUGUUCACCUGGAAAUGUUAAUAAUGCCGAGUCAUACUGGAUAAACAACCCAGAACUUCCAGAACGAAAUAUUGACGAGCUGCUUCCAUCAAAUUGUGGUCAGCGCGCUAAAGAUUUUAAUAAUGAUGACGACUUGAUCUUUCAAAAAGUAGUGCAUGGUUCUAUCGCUCCAAAAGGCACUUAUCCCUGGCAGGCCAGUAUACGAGUUCGAGGGCACAGUCGAUCGAGUCAUUGGUGUGGUGCAGUCAUGAUAUCUCCUAUAUAUCUCUUAACAGCAGCACAUUGUCUGGAAGGCUAUAACAAAGGCACUUACUUUGUUCGUGCGGGAGAUUAUAACACAGAUAUAGACGAGGGAACGGAAGCGGAGGCCAACAUCGAGGAUUACUACGUGCACGAGGAAUUCCGCAAGGGUCACAGAAUGAACAAUGAUAUCGCCCUGAUCCUGCUUAAAGGUCACGGUAUCCCGCUUGGCAAGGAUAUCAUGCCAAUUUGCUUGCCGUCCGAGAACACCGACUAUUCACCCGGACUCAAUUGCACGAUCAGCGGAUUCGGAAGCAUCGAGACGGGAAAGACGACGCAAUCAAAGAAUUUACGAUAUGGCUGGGUGCCCUUGUUGGAUCAAUCAGUUUGUCGGGCUAGUUAUGUUUACGGCGAAGGUGCCAUAAGCGAGGGAAUGAUGUGUGCCGGAUACCUUGAUGAGGGUAUCGAUACAUGCGAUGGCGAUUCCGGAGGUCCUCUAGCGUGCUAUCAUAAUGGAGCUUUUACUUUAUAUGGAAUAACCAGUUGGGGUCAACAUUGCGGCAAGGCAAAUAAACCUGGAGUUUAUGUUCGCGUUGCGCAUUAUCGUCGAUGGAUCGAUCAAAAAAUUAAAGAAUCAUUAGCGGGUAGAUAGAAAAUAUUAUAUAUAGAUUACAAAAUAUUUUCCAACAUCUGUGUGUGUAUCUGUAUAUCUGUGUGUGCUGUUUAAUAAUUUGCUUAUAAGAAAAGUUGUCUAAAAUAAAUAAAUCCCAAGCCAAUGUACAUACA